UUCGGAACGUAACCUCUAUAGUAUACGUGACAUGAACUAUAGAAUUUCAGUACUGGCAGUGAAUUUCGGAACGCAGCCAGAGAGAGGAAGAGAGAGAAGAAGAGAGGAGAGAGACUCUAUUAUAGUGUUGAGCAAUUUAUUCAUGAUAAAAAUGGCUCAGCUUCCCUCGGAGCUCACAACGCACUCGCGAAAAGUGUGCAGUCUGUAUAAACGCGCUUUGCGUUGUCUAGCGGAUUGGUAUCACAAAACGGACGAGCUCAGGUAUCAGUCUGUUUUAAUGAGAGAACGCUUUGAUAAGAAUAAAGACGUAAAAGACAUGCGUCAUGCAAAUAAUUUACUGCAAGAAGGAGAAAAAGAACUUUUUUCUAAUCAACAUUAUCAACCAAUUAAAUUUGCCAAUUCGAUUGGAGGAUGUGCAUACGGUAGAGAAAGUCAUUGUCCAGAUUGGGCCUUGGAUUAUUGGCAUCCUCUGGAGAAAGCUAUGUAUCCAAAAUACUUUGCACGUCGUGAACAAAUGAAGGAUGAAUAUCUAGAAUGGUACUUCAAACAGUACCCAGAAGAGAAAAAAAAGAUAGAAGAAGAAGAAAAACAGAAAAUUACAGGUGGUUAUUGUUAAAUAUUAUUACAUACAAUUAUUGUGUAUCGUAAUGUAGAUAAUAUAUUGUAACACACACGCACAUAUAUAUAUAUAUACACGUGUGUGUGCUAUGUAUAUAUAUCAUAUAUAUUCCUUUAUAUAGAAAUUAAAAAUCUGCAGGAGUUAUUUUAUAAACUUCUCGCGUAGAAUCGCGAAAUAAAUAAACUUAUUUAAUGUA